GAUUGGUGGAUUGUGUUGUUUGUCAGAUUCACAGAGGCAGACACUCUGGUGAUGGGAGAUGUGACAUACGGGGCCUGCUGCGUGGACGACUUCACUGCCCGCGCUUUGGGAGCUGACUUCAUGGUGCAUUAUGGACACAGUUGUCUCAUCCCCAUAGACUCAACAGAGGGCAUCAAGAUGCUGUACGUGUUUGUGGACAUCCAGAUUGACACUGCCCACUUCCUGGACACACUCAAGUUCAACUUUUCCCCUGGCCACUCACUCGCCCUCGUCAGCACCAUCCAGUUUGUGGCUGCUUUACAGGCAGCCAGUGCAGAGUUGAAGCCAGAGUACGAGGUGCUGGUACCUCAGUGUCGGCCGCUUUCUCCUGGGGAGAUCCUUGGAUGCACCUCACCUCGUCUGGAGAAGCAUGUCAAUGCCAUCAUUUAUCUUGGAGACGGAAGAUUUCAUUUGGAAUCCAUCAUGAUUGCCAACCCAGAUAUACCGGCCUACAGGUAUGACCCAUACAGUAAAGUGUUUUCGCGAGAGUAUUAUGACCAUGAGGCAAUGCGGGCCACCAGACUGCAGGCCAUAGAGAGAGCCCGCUCAGCCCAGAGAUGGGGCCUCAUCUUAGGCACCCUUGGCCGUCAGGGCAACCCCAAAAUCUUGGAGCACUUAGAGUCUCAAUUGGAGUCUUUGGGCCGUUCAUUCACACGUGUGCUCCUGUCUGAGAUCUUCCCCGGCAAGCUGGAGCUCCUGGCAGAUGUGGACGCAUGGGUGCAGAUCGCUUGUCCUCGCCUCUCCAUCGACUGGGGAACGGCUUUCUCCAAGCCCUUGCUGUCUCCAUAUGAGGCAGCAGUAGCGCUGCAGCAGGUGGGAUGGCAGGAGGUGUAUCCUAUGGAUUUCUAUUCCAAUCAGAGCCUGGGGGCCUGGACUCCUAAUCACCCUGACAACCAACCAAAAAGGCCUUCUCGCAAACCUGUGCAGGCGGGUUCAGAUGCCGGUCAGCAGGUGAAGAGCUGUGGCCGUGAACAGAGCGCCUCCUGUGGCUGCCAGCCAGAAUAGCACAGCCCUAUUAAAACAGCCAACCACAGCUCACCAUGGACAUCUGCAAGAGACAAGCAAGCCAAUCAAAUCUCACUAUUGACAUUACAGCCAACACACUUCAUCAAAUCAACCCUGGUUGACACGAGACAGUGAGAGAGAGAA